AUGUUUGAUCAUGACGUCGAAUAUCUGAUCACCGCUCUUUCUUCAACGGCAAGGAUCCCGUACGAUCAGCGUUUGCUGGACGAAGUCUCGGCUAACUUGGUAUACUACGUCCCCAGAAUAAAAUCCCCCGACACUCUGUACCGUUUAGUUAAGGCACUUUUCCAGUCGCAGCUCAUUAUCAAAUUACCACCGCUACGUCUGUUGCACGUCAUCAAAGAUGUUUUCCUUUGGAAACUGGAGGUUUCUGAACCCACUCUGCCCAUUUCCAACUUCUACCAAGUCUGGAAUGCUGUGUUGGAAUCGCAUCGAGCUGCUUGGAACCUGUCGCAACUGAUGGUAUUAGGCGGGAUUCUGAUCACUUAUCCGAGAUUCAAGUCAUUGAAUGAUGCCUACUUCAUCGACGAAUCCCGCGACAAGACUGCGCUUUAUUAUAAUAACUGGAGAUUUAACCUGUUUUUACCAAUCUGGGCAGAGUUCUGGAAUGAUCCCGCCAUCAAUGCUAACCCGUUGAUUAAGAAUUAUCUGCUCGUCUCAAUGGUUUUACUCUUCAGUCAUCCCAUCACAGACUUCCCCUUUCACGCAGUUAACAUAUCAUGGGAUUUAGUCACUGGGAGAUUAUUAGACCUGCUGGCAGAGUAUACGCACGACAUUGGGCAGCCAACGGAAGGUUCCACGGUCAGCUCAGUUCUAUCGACGAAUCUGAACCACCUGGCUAACUGCUUGAACGCUUUGUUCACCAAAUCAAAUGAACCAACUUUGAUGAAUUCCCUAUACAAACUGGAAAAGAUAUGCCAAUAUUUGUCAGAUGCCGUGAGGCCAUUCGAACAACAAAAACAGCUAGAUCGCAAGUUCCAGGAUUUAUUUAUUUUGAUAAUCCUUGCGUUAAAGGAAAUAUCUGCCAUGAAUAUGAAAAUUUCCCCCGAUCAUAAAGACAAUUUUUACUUCAUGAUCUGUUUAAGUCUUUUCCAUAUUCAUGUUCUGACUGAAAAAUUCGGGACGGUUGGAUUUCCCAGCUAUGACUACGUUUAUGACAGUUUAAUAACAUAUUUCAUUGUCCUGGAUGACCUAUCCAAAAUCAUUCCGAUUUUGAACCAUAUGAAAGAAGCUUACAUAAGCGAAGACCCGAGCAAACUACUAUUCUACAUCAACUUCCUAAACAAAAUUAUCAGUUAUUACUCAUGGCGCAUUCGUAUGCCAUUUGUCACCCAAUUCAUCGAACCUCUGCUACAUUUCAAUGGCUUUCUUAAAGGAGGUUUGAGCAGCCCCUUGGAAAUUGAACUUAGAGAAUCCAUACACACAUUGGCAAUCACCUCCCUGAGCAUUGAUCCCUCUCACUCCUCGCAGGUCGCACAGUGGCAAGUGUCCCGCAUAGCCAACUAUUUAAAAAUGUCGAUGGACCAAUUCAUUGCUGGAGAAUUGUCCGCUGAUCAGAUUCAGAUUAUAUUCAGCAGUCUAUCUAUGCAGUUCCUGUCGCUACGUAAUUAUAACAGGCAUCUACUGAGGGACUCUUUGCACGAAACAUACAUCAAAAUUCUUAACACAAAGAGCCCGGAGAAGAAAAACGUACUGAUUGAGUGCUUGAUAGUACAAAUAUCAUUAGUCGAAGAUCCACAUCAUUUGAUCGAUUGGUUAAAUGUCUGUUUGCAACUGAUCAAUAUUCAUAAUAAGAGACUACUCCAACGAUUGUGGGAUAUGGUUUCAGGCCUUGAAUCACCCUUAGCGAUCGACUGGUGGUACACAACAGUUAUACCCGCACAUUCCUCUAAAUUAUAG